GAAUCAGGAAGUUCAGCAGUUGGCGACUCAGUCAAGUACAGUAGGCAAAAAUAUUGAACUGUCAUGGAAUAAGGUAUUUGGCGUCUCUCUGCCGCUGUAUUUACAAUAUUUUAUUGAGGAUGGAUUCUUGACAACUACAAAAACUGUACGGCAACAUUCUAUUGGGGUAAAAAAAAAAAAUCAAAGAUAAGACCCGACAAUGAUGAUGCCAGAAUGCGACCCGACAGAGACAUUCGAACGCGCGUUGGACUCAGAGACAACUGCGGUUUCUCCACUGGAGUCAAAUUUCUCCACUGUACAUCGUCCGAGUGUGUUAUUUGAAAAGAACACCGCGAGCUUGGGAUUCCAGGCUAACCCGGGCGUUGCCGUUCGAAUUUCGGACUCGUGUGAAAGCGUCUUGACCGAGCUUGAGGUGGACGGCUCCGGCGAAGACGCGUUGCUGUUGCCUUGCUUUGUUGGAAGCUCGUCCCCGUCGAGAAGUUCCCGAGACAAGAACAGACGGAACAGACACAGCUCAUCGUCGGAUAAAGACACGUUAGCCUCACCGGGUAUCAACAAUGGGGACUUCAACCAUUUCCCCGAUGAUCCUGAGUUUGCAGAUAUUAUUCAAAGGGCAGAACAGGCUAUUGAGGGUGGCGCCUUUCCAGAGAGGAUUUCCCAGGGCUCCAGUGGGAGUUACUUUGUCAAAGACCCAAAAGGGAAAGUCAUCGGUGUUUUCAAACCAAAGUCAGAGGAACCCUACGGUCAUCUAAAUCCCAAAUGGACCAAAUAUUUUCACAAGCUUUGCUGUCCGUGUUGUUUUGGGCGAGGUUGCUUGUUGCCAAAUCAGGGUUACCUCUCAGAAGCUGCUGCUUCGCUAGUGGAUAGCAAACUGGGCCUUGGUGUGGUGCCAAAAACAAAGGUGGUGUAUUUGGCCAGUGAGACCUUUCAUUACAGUGCCAUAGACAGAGCCAAAUCCAGAGGGAAGAAGUACGCUUUAGAGAAAGUACCCAAGGUGGGACGACGCUUUCACAGAGUGGGCUUGCCACCAAAGGUGGGCUCAUUUCAGCUGUUCGUAGAGGGUUAUCGCGAGGCAGACUAUUGGCUGAGGCACUUUGAGGCAGAACCUCUGCCAGAGAACAUCAGAAAGCAGCUACAGUCACAGUUUGAGCGGCUGGUCAUACUGGAUUAUGUAAUCCGAAACACAGAUCGAGGAAACGACAACUGGCUGAUCAAGUAUGAGAAGCCAGGAGAGUGCGACGGACCAAAGGAUACAGAGUGGCCAGAAAACAUUUCCAAGCCUUGCAUCAAGAUUGCAGCCAUUGACAAUGGCCUGGCCUUUCCCUUCAAACACCCUGAUGAAUGGAGAGCUUACCCCUUUCACUGGGCGUGGCUGCCCCAGGCUAAGGUUGCUUUCUCCCAGGAGACCAGAGAGCUGGUGCUGGCCCGUCUCUCGGACAUGAACUUUGUGCAGGACCUUAGUGAGGACCUCUAUGAGAUGUUCAUGAGAGACAAAGGCUUUGACAAGACCAUGUUUGAGAAACAGAUGUCGGUGAUGAGGGGGCAGGUGUUGAAUCUCACCCAGGCUCUUAAGGAUGGCAAGAGCCCGCUACAACUAGUGCAGAUGCCCCGUGUGGUGGUGGAGCGCAGCCGGUCAGGUGGCCAGGGCCGCGUUGUCACUCUGGGCAAUGCCUUCACCCAGACCUUCCACUGCAAGCGACCCUUUUUCUCCUCUUGGUAGAGAAGGAACAGCAACUGCUGGUGGUAUUUUUCUGAAGGCAAGAAGUGGGAAAGGACUAAACCUUCUUAUAAACUGUUGGUAUAUAUUCUAACAAAGUGAGGGAAUAUUUUGAAGUAAGAGAAGUGAGAUGGUGAAUGUUUUUCCCUUAUAGUUUGUUCCUAGCUUUAGUGAUGGCAAUGUAUGAUCAAAAUAUGACAGCUGGAAAGUAUGAAUUUCAAAUGUUUCAUCGAGAAUUUAAGGCUUAAUAGGAUAAUCAGUGUGAACAGGCUUUGCUUUUUGUUUUGACACAAAGUGUCAACACAGUUACAUACUAUUCUGCCAGUGGAUUGAGAUGACUAUAACGAUGAGAUGCAACACCUCUGUGGUUUACCAGUGUUUUACAUUCUGAUUCCUAUUCCUUAAAAAGUGCAUUCUAGAAGAUAGUCCAAAAAUAUUCACUCUGCCUUGUAGCAUACAUACAGAAAUGUUAGUGGAUAUCAUUUUCCCCCACUAAAGUUGAUGAAUCCAGCGUUCUUUGCUAAGUGUUGAACAAACACAAAGCCAAAGUCUUCAACCAUUACAGUAAUACUGCCAAACUGUUUGUAGAUGGACUGUUGAAAACCCCCAAGAAAAAAAUAUAUUCUUGUUCAAACUUGAAUUUGUACCUCGACGGAGGAAGCGAAGGACUUGGAAUAACCAUUAUGCUUGAAUGUAAUGUUUACUAUUUAUACUAUUGUCCCUAUACAUUUCACUGGGGGCGAAUACUGUCAGAUCAAUCUUACACUGAAUGUAUCUGUUCUUUGGCGUGUAUUUACAUCACGGCAUGGAGAAUGGCACCCUGAUAAUCCCGUGUUGUAAUUUAUUUAACUAGAAAAGUCAGUGCCAUGAAUUUUGUCUUAUGCAUCUUGACAUUUUUAUUACAUGAUUGUAUGGGCAGAGUUGUAUAUUUAACACAAUAACAUUUGGGAGCAUUUAAUCUGUGUUUUGUGGGAUUUUGUGUCUGUUUUUAUGUUUUGCUCAUUUUGGCCGUAACGAAAGACAUGAAGUCUUCUUCACUAUCUUACAAGGGAAAUUCAAUUUUUAAUUAUAUUUAUUGAUAAAGGAAAAUAUUAAGUUGUCUCUGAUGACCCAGCUUUAUUUUCUCAUCAGCUACUCGAUAUACACUGAACGAAAAUAUAAAUACAACAGUUUCAU